AACAUAAAAGCAUCACAUUUAAGCGCUCGAAAGAAAACCCCCAAGAACACAUACAGGUUCCUCCCCGUUCCUUCCUCGAAGCUCCGCCUCCAUCCUGCACCUCGGCUGUUGAUUUAUUUUCCCUUUGUUAACUCGGCCAUCGGCCUGGCGGGCCUGGCGUUUCCCAGAAGGCCCAGCGCCGGGAAGGGAUUUGUAGCUGCUCCGUCAUCGUGCGGCCCGACGGUGGCCGGCGCUCGUGUGCAGGCCCGGGUCGGUUCCUGGUCCCCGGUGCGAGGGUUCACGCGAGGCCCUGGCCUUGGUCCCCGGACUAGGCCGCGACCCCGGGUGCCAUGAAGCAGGAGGGCUCUGCGCGGCGCCGCGGCGCGGACAAGGCGAAACCGCCGCCGGGCGGAGGGGAACAAGAACCGCCACCGCCCCCGGCCCCCCAGGAUGUGGAGAUGAAAGAGGAGGCGGCGACGGGUGGCGGGUCAACGGGGGAGGCAGACGGCAAGACGGCGACGGCAGCGACUGAGCACUCCCAGCGAGAGCUGGAUAUCGUCACCUUGGAGGACAUCAAGGAGCACGUAAAACAGCUGGAAAAAGCUGUUUCAGGCAAGGAGCCGAGAUUCGUGCUGCGGGCCCUGCGGAUGCUGCCUUCCACAUCGCGCCGCCUCAACCACUAUGUUCUGUAUAAGGCUGUUCAGGGCUUCUUCACUUCAAAUAAUGCCACUCGAGACUUCUUGCUCCCCUUCCUGGAAGAGCCCAUGGACACAGAGGCUGAUUUACAGUUCCGUCCCCGCACAGGAAAAGCUGCGUCAGCGCCCCUUCUGCCUGAAGUGGAAGCCUAUCUCCAGCUCCUCAUGGUCAUCUUCAUGAUGAACAGCAAGCGCUACAAAGAGGCACAGAAGAUCUCUGAUGACCUGAUGCAAAAGAUCAGUACUCAGAAUCGCCGGGCCCUAGACCUUGUGGCCGCAAAAUGUUACUAUUAUCACGCCCGGGUCUAUGAGUUCCUGGACAAGCUGGAUGUGGUGCGCAGCUUCUUGCAUGCUCGGCUCCGGACAGCAACACUUCGGCAUGACGCAGACGGCCAGGCCACCCUACUGAACCUCCUGCUGCGGAAUUACCUCCACUACAGCCUGUACGACCAGGCUGAGAAACUGGUGUCCAAGUCUGUGUUCCCUGAGCAGGCCAACAACAAUGAGUGGGCCAGGUACCUCUACUACACAGGGCGAAUCAAAGCCAUACAGCUGGAGUACUCAGAGGCCCGGAGAACAAUGACCAAUGCCCUUCGCAAGGCCCCUCAGCACACAGCUGUCGGCUUCAAACAGACGGUAAACCAGAGCCACCAUUAUCUCUUUGCCUCUUUUUUUUUUAAAUUGAGUUGAUGUCUCACUAUGUUG